CAAAACAACAAACAAUCAAAACAAAUGGCAUUGGUUUCAAGCCGACAUUGGGACGAAGAUCCUUUUUGGCGUGAUUGGCCAGAACGUAGAUUGAGUAGUUGGAACUCUACAUGGCGUGACCGAUUUAGCCGUGAAUGGGAAGAUUGGCCGGUGGAUUGGCCUAGACCUAGAGAUUUGCUUGAUCGGUUCCGUUCUCACGAUACUGACCGUUGGUGGCGUGAUUGGCCUUCUGAUUGGCCACGAAUGGAUGCUAUUGUGCCUCGGUUUUCUUCUUAUUUGGACCGUUUUGACCGUGAUUGGCGUUCUGACCCGUUCUGGCGUGAUUUGUACCCAAGAUGGGCGGAGCCUGUAUUUAAAGAAGGAAUUGAUGUUAAGACAAAUGUCACAAACGAUAGUCAACGUUUUUCUGUAGAAAUUGACUGCUACCAAUUCCGCCCGGAGGAAUUACAAGUAAAAACAUUGGAUGAUACGUUGUUGAUAGAAGGUAGACAUGAGGAUGUUCGUGAUCGUGAUAAUUAUACAAAAAUGUAUUUUGUCCGUAAAUAUCAAUUGCCUUCUGAUGUGGAGCCUCAAUCUAUUUCAAGCCAUGUUGAUAGCCAUGGACGUUUAACAGUCGAAGCCCAAAAGCGUUGGCAAGCAAUAGAAGGUAGAGAAAGGGCUAUACCAAUAGAAAGUCAAUCAACUGCACGUCGUUUUGGAGCAAAUUCGCGUUCAAGUUCCUACUCUCCCCGUGAUCAAUUUUAUGAUUCUGGUAGGGGCACUCAAGCUUCUGAUUAUUAUAGAGGGGACAGUAGAGCUGGAGGUGGAGAUUAUUUAUUAUCUCCUAGUAGAAAUGGGGGUUAUAAAAGUGAAUAUGAACAGAGACAAACUGAUGCUAAUGGAAUGAGACAUGAAGCGCGUAGAGAAGAAUUUCGUGAAGAGUUCCGACGAACAGGCUCAGCUGCAAAUGCGCUUUCACCACCAACAUCAAUUUACCGUCCACCAUCUCGUUUAAGCGCUGUUGACAGCGUUGGGGGAGGUGGGGCAGGAAGCCAUCGCUCUGAGUCUCAUUUUCGACGUACAGCUUCUGCAUCUCGUAAUGAAUAUCGUGGGGGAUAUAAUGGAGCUGAUCAUUUAUUGCGCCCAGCAGAAGAAUUGGGUGGACGUUCUUCUGUUUUUGGCCGUAGUGUGCCUAUUCAACGUGCAUAA